CUUGCUAAUCAGCUUAAAUUAAAUUAGGGUUACGGUUAGUUCAAGGCAUUUUCAGCAGCCAUGAAUCAAGAUGAACAUGAACGUGAACGUGAACAUGAACAUAAACACGAACACGACAUGGUCAUGCCUGGAUUUCGCUUUCACCCCACAGAGGAAGAACUUGUCGAGUUCUACCUUCGCCGGAAGGUUGAGGGCAAACGCUUCAAUGUAGAACUCAUCACUUUUUUAGACCUUUAUAGCUAUGAUCCUUGGGAACUUCCAGCCUUGACAGCAAUUGGCGAGAAGGAAUGUUAUUUUUAUGUGCCUAGAGAUAGAAAGUACAGGAAUGGAGAUCGGCCUAAUCGCGUAACAACUUCAGGCUACUGGAAAGCUACAGGGGCUGAUAAAAUGAUUCGAGGUGAAAACUUCAAGUCUAUUGGACUAAAGAAAACCCUGGUUUUCUACUCCGGUAAAGCCCCAAAAGGAAUUCGAACUAGUUGGAUCAUGACUGAAUACCGCCUGCCACACCAAGAAACCGAACGUCUACAAAAAACAGCAGAAAUUUCUCUUUGCCGUGUCUACAAAAGAGCUGGAGUCGAAGGCCACUCUCGAUCUCUCCCGACAAGAUUACCAUCAUCUUCCAAAUCAGCACAAUCUACACCCGAGAAACAAGAAGACUGGACUAAUCAAACUAUGGAAAGCUUCGAAGCUUAUGGAGGAUCAUCAAAUCAAAAUGAUGAGAAAAUGAGUGAAACAAGUGCAAGUAGCAGCACUGAUGUUGGGAAUUCCCUUGUCCUUGCAAACCAUAAUACUUAUAACGUUAAUCCAUUAAUCCCCAUAACCUCUACAGUUCCAAUGGAAAUAGAUGAAAGGAUCAUGAAUUUACGACCUUCUUCUUCAUCCCUUUCAACUGAUCAUCAUCUGGUGAAUUACUCCCCCCAAGCAUCAAACAUUGUUCAUGGCCAGUACCAGUAUCCUAAUGAUGCUCCUGACUUUCUAUCCCACUUUUCUGACUUGAAGCAGCCACAACCGCAGCCUCUAAAUGUGCUUCCAGGCUCGAUGCAGGACACUUUCUCAGACGGAUUAUGGGGUUGGAAUGCAAUUUCAUCGGCAAGCAAAGACUACAGCAACCUCUUCAAGUAAUUCAAUGUGCUGCAAGUAAUUACACAUACAUAGAUACCUUUCAUUUCAUAUAUGUGUAUGACAGUGGCUAAUGUGUUAGGUCCCUUUAAAAUACUUCUAAUCGUUGUUAGUUAAGAACCUAAAUCGGGUGAUACAAUCACGUUGCUCGAGUUGAACGGAGCUCCAUUCGUUCAACGUAUCGUUGAUUUAUAAACUUCGUUUGUGGAAAAAUCUGACUUGAUAGGGUUUUGGGUUCAGUUGGAUUAUUUUCAAGUCAUUGUGCAAUAACUAUUAAUAACUCCUCUUUCAAAUCCUGAGUAAGGUUAAGAACCCUAAUGGGCUAAAAGAAAAUUAUU